AUGGACGAGCAGGUCGACCGCCUGGUCAAGAAGACCUGGGCAAAAUACUGCUCCACCCCAGACAACGCCCGCCUCAUGAUAGCCGUCAGCGGCAUCCCAGGCUCCGGCAAAACCGAACUCGCCUGCACAAUGUCCCAACGCAUCAACCAAAUCCACGCCUCCGAAAACCCCUCCUCCACCACCCCCAUAGCCACAUCCCUCCCAAUGGACGGCUACCACCUAACCCGCGCCCAACUCUCCGCCCUCCCCGACCCAACCCACGCCUUCGCCCGCCGCGGCGCUGCAUUCACCUUCGACGCCCAUAAAUUCCUACACCUCGUCCGCGCCCUUCGCGAACCCCUCACGCCCUCUACAAAACCUAUCUACGCGCCUAGCUUCGACCAUGCGGUUAAGGACCCCGUCGAGGAUGAUAUUGCUAUCGCGCCGACGACAAGGGUGAUCUUUUUUGAGGGCAAUUAUUUGAGUUUGAAUAAGGAGCCGUGGGAUGAGAUUGCUAGGCUCAUGGAUGAGUUGUGGUUUGUGGAGGUGGAUUUCGAGGUUGCGAGGAGGAGGUUGGUUAGGAGGCAUGUUAAGGCGGGGAUUGCGGCGGAUGAGGUGCAGGCGGAUGUAAGGGCGAGAGAGAAUGAUUUGGUUAAUGGGAGGGAGAUUGUGGAUUUUAGGUUGCCUGUGCAGGAGGUUGUGUCGAGUAUUUAUGAUCCGGCUUGGGAGAGGUUGUGA